AACCAAACCACCUAAAACUGUCCAUCCUUGCUCUACGUCGAUAGACAUUGCAAUCAUGCCUCCCAGCGUUUACGUCGGACGCCUCCCCCAGGGUGUCACCAAGGGCGAGCUCGAGGAUCACUUCAAGGGAUCCGGCCGCAUCGUCGAGGUCCGCCUCAUGUCCAACUUUGGCUUUGUCGAGUUUGAGACUGCCGAGGAUGUCGAGAACGCGUGCCGCGAGCUCGACGGCAAGAACUUCCUCGGCGAGCGUCUGAUUGUCGAGCCUUCCAAAGAAGCUCGCCGUCGCGACACGUACGACCCUAGCAACGGUCGUGGACCCCCUCGUGGCGCUCCUCGCGGCCGCGGUGUUCGCAUCAAUGUCAUCGGUAUUUCCAAUGGCACCAGCUGGCAGGACCUCAAGGACUUUGGACGUAACGGCAACGAGAGCAUCACCUACGCCGACGUCGACCGCUUCACGGGCAACGGUGUCAUCGAGUACCCCACCAUGCAGGAGGCCGAGGAGGCCAUCCGCCGCCUGGAUGGUUCUGAGAUCCAGGGUGUCCCCGUCAAGCUUGAGAUCGCUGCGGAUGGUGGUGGUGGUGGCCGUGACGGUUAUGACCGUCCCCCUCCUCCCCGUCGCUUUGACGACCGCCCCCGCGGCGAUGACCGCGGCGGUCGCUACGGCGGCGGCUACGGCGGUGACCGCCCGCGGUAUGACGACCGUCCCCGUUACGAUGACCGUCCCCGCUACGACGACCGCCCCCGCAACGACGACCGUGGCCGUUAUGACGACAGGCCCCGUCAGGAUGCCCGCCCCCGCUACGACGAGCGUCGCUACGACGACCGUGAGCCUCGCCAGGAGGGUGGUGGCGGCGGCGGUGGUGGUCGUGACGACGACAGGCGGUACGAACCCCGCGGCGACGCUCGCGACGCCCGCGGCGAUGAGCCGUCGUCGCAUGCCCGUGAGCGCUCGCCCCCUCGUCGUGAGAGGGAGUACUAGCCAGAGUUGUCCGAGAUAUCUACUGUUAGUCUAAAGUGUGAAUAUGAGUGAUGUGAAAACCUGUCGUCGA